AUGGAACCUUCAGGAUCUGGAGCGGAAAGUGCGGAACUGAGAAGAUCAGGAUCAACUUCGUCGUCGAAUUAUAGCAAUCUCAACGCGAAUUUGCAUGCUCGAGUAAAAGCGUUCCAAGAACAACGACAACUCAAGCGAAACGGUAGCGUGGGGUCUGCAGGACACGGAUCGAAGGUGAAUGUAUCGACCAGAGCAGCAGAAGUGACGCCAGGGGCGUCGAAUUCCAACGCCAAGACUACCGCAGGAGCAGGUCCGAACGGCGUGUGUGGGCCUGGUGGAACACACUUGGACGGUCAUAGAAGCGUGGUGAAGGCCCCGGAACCACAGAACAUCGAUAAAAUCGUCAAUAAACCCCUGCCCCCACUUCCCCCCAAAAAGGAGAACAACGGCCACGUGCUGAGUCCGAUCAGAAGAGCCCCCAGACCUCCCUCCAUGGCCGUAAAUGCUUCUGGGAUGGGUGGGGCACCCGGUGUUCCCAGGGCUCCGCAUCCUGUGUCUCCCAAUGGUGUCUCUUCAAAACCCGGUCCUUCUACACCCACCAUUCCAAAGGCUAAACCCAGUUUGAGCGCUAGACGUGGUCUGAAAUUGCCCGCAGGCGGGAUGUCGCUCAAGAUGAAACCUCCUGCUGCUACUACAGGCACUUCUGCUGCCCAGGAGUUUGCAGGUGCACCAUCAAACCGAAAUUCAGGAGCAGCCUCGAAUAACAGAAGCAAUCCGGGCUCGCUAGUCAAUGGAGUUUCCACAACGUCCACAUCAUCGGGUCAGCAACGUGAUACCGAAGGCACAGAACCACAACAAGGUGACCAACAGCUUCAAAAUCGGAGCGGCUCUAAUGGGCUUUUCACCAAUUUCUCCAAAUACGUUGACAUCAAGUCAGGCUCGCUGAAUUUUGCAGGAAAACUAUCACUGAGCUCUCAAGGUGUCGAUUUCAGCAACGGCUCCAGUUUUCGCAUAACUUUAGAUGAGCUAGAGUUUCUGGGAGAACUGGGGCAUGGAAACUACGGGAAUGUUUCCAAAGUUUUACAUAAGCCCACUAAUGUCAUAAUGGCUAUGAAGGAGGUGAGGCUGGAAUUGGACGAAUCAAAAUUUACGCAGAUUCUUAUGGAGUUGGAGGUCUUGCACAAAUGUCAAAGUCCCUACAUUGUGGACUUUUACGGGGCCUUCUUCAUAGAAGGCGCUGUUUACAUGUGCAUUGAAUACAUGGACGGUGGGUCCCUUGACAAAAUUUACGAUGACGAUAUUUUGGGAGGUAUAGACGAGCCUCAACUAGCCUCCAUCACUUAUUCCAUAAUUCAGGGUCUUAAAGAGCUGAAAGACGUGCACAACAUCAUUCACCGCGACGUGAAGCCCACAAACUUGUUGUGCUCAGCUGCCCAAGGAACAGUGAAACUUUGCGACUUCGGUGUGUCGGGAAAUCUAGUAGCAUCACUGGCCAAAACAAACAUCGGUUGUCAGUCGUACAUGGCGCCAGAGCGUAUCAAGUCUUUCAACCCCGAUAAGUCCACGUACUCUGUACAGUCCGAUGUUUGGUCUUUGGGGCUCAGUAUUCUGGAAAUGGCCAACGGAGCAUAUCCUUAUCCUGUUGAGACUUUUGACAACAUAUUUUCACAACUAAGCGCAAUUGUUGACUCACCUCCUCCAAAAUUGCCAAAGGGAAAAUUCAGCUCUUUGGCCCAAGACUUUGUCAAUAUGUGCCUGCAAAAAAUUCCCGAGAGAAGACCCGCAUAUGCUGCUCUGGUUGAACACCCAUGGCUGCAAAAGUAUAGCGCGGCCGACGUCAACAUGAGUGAAUACAUCAGCACAAGACUGCAUAAAAAGCUGCAUGCUACCGAAGCAGAUGGAAUAAGUGGAGUCACUAAGACUAACGCUGUUCCUGCGCUUCACAAGGGCGGUCUAUGA